AUCCAAGGCUCCUGAGGAGAGCUCUCAGAGUGGUGUGGCAGCCAUCCCUGUUUCUAAGCCAUGCAUACUCCACUGGAUGGGAGCAAACUGAGUGGCCUCCCAGGGUCACUGGCACCCCAGGGGCCUGCCUGGGGAGCCGAGCAGGCCAGGGCUGGCACUCGAUGAGGUGGCUGGGCCUGGCCAUGGUGAUGGCAGUGUGCUGACCCACACCCUGCCCAGGGAGGUGUCGGGCAGCCCCUCACUGCCGCCCCACGCACCGCGGCCUCGCCUUUGUGUGAGCUCCACCGUGUUUACUCUCGCACUUCCUUGUUCCACUGCAGUGCGAGGGCCAUAAACCGCCCAGCUGGCACGGCUGAGCCGUCGGUAGCAGGGACAGGAGGAAGAGGAGGGAGGGGGAUGGCGGUCAUGCCCUGGCUCUGUGCUGGAAGGGCACCCCAGGUGCCGCCGUGGUGGUUGGGAGCGCAGCCCUUCCUCUAGGGCUGGUGCCACCAUCCCCGGUGCGUCUCUCAUGCCCACUGGCCACCCUCAUGCCCGUGUCCAGGGGCACACCAGGAUGGAAUAAGACCUAUUUCCCCUUCUUCUCGGACUUCAGGGGCCACAAUGUGACGGCUUUGCGCAUCGGCGAGUCAUGUGCCCUGUCCUUCAUCUUCGUGCUGUCGUUAGCGGGAAACAUCUGGGGCAUCUGCCUGCUGGUGAGGCGGCACCGCCGGCUCUGUGCCGCCAACUGCCUCGUCCUCAACCUCUUCUGCGCCGACCUGCUCUUCAUCACUGCCAUGCCCUUCAUCGCCGUCGUGCGCUGGACCGAGUCCUGGGUGCUGGGCAACUUCGUUUGCCACCUGCUCCUCUAUGUGGUGAGCUUGAGCGGCACCGUCAUCCUCCUCUCCCUGUCGGCCGUCAGCUUGGAGCGCUUCGUCAGCAUCGCCCGGCUGCGCCACGCCGCCUUCCGCCGCCGCAAGGUGCUGGCCGCCGCCUUGCUCCUCAUCUGGGGCCUCGCCGCCAUCGCCACCCUCCCGCUCUGCUGCUUCUUCACCGUGGUGCGGCUGCCCGCCCCCGCCGGCCAGGACAUUUAUAUUUGCACCCUGGAUUGGCCCAGCACUGCAGGAGAAACAGUCUGGGAUACAACCUUUGCCAUUGUUUUCUUUCUGAUACCAGGAUUCAUCAUUGUCAUCAGUUACUCCAAAAUCUUACAGAUUACAAAAGCAUCAAGAAGAAGUUUAAAUGCUGGUUUAGCCUAUCCAGAACGUCAUCAGAUUCGUGUUUCCCAGCAAGACUACAAACUAUUCCGAGCCCUUUUUUUGUUGAUGAUCUCUUUCUUCAUUAUGUGGACUCCAAUAGUAGUAAUUAUUUUUUUAAUUUUAGUUCAGAACUUCAAAGAAGAUUUAAAUAUUUUGCCAUCAGUUUUCUUCUGGAUAGUAUUAUUCACUUUUGCCAACUCUGCUGUCAAUCCAAUUCUGUAUAAUGUUGCCUAUUUCAGACGUAAAUGUCAGGAAAUUUUUCUCUGUUGUACAGGGAACGCUGAAAGGCAUAGAGCAGGUACAGAAACCACUGUAAGAAGAAGCAACCAUGAACAGCCACAUUUGUCUUUCAUUACCAGAUAA